UAGUCUAUGAUUGCAUAGUAUGGUGGUCGAUUUACCAAUAUUUUUCCCAAUUUGUUAGUCCAAAUAGGCGGGAAGUUCUUGUUGUCAUCUAUAAUAAAAAAUGAGUGUCGAAGAAGAUGUAAUGAAAAUACAAAAAAAAUUAACUAAGAUGACAUCAGAUGAUGGCACGGGACAAGAGGAAGCUUUGGAGCUAUUAAAAGCACUUCAAACUAUGGCCAUCAAUUUGGACGUGCUCACAAAAACCAGGAUAGGUAUGACUGUAAAUGCUCUCCGUAAGUCCAGUAAGGAUGAAGAAGUUAUAUCUCUUUGUAAGACUUUGAUAAAGAAUUGGAAAAAAUUUUUGUCAACACCGACAACACCAUCCAAGGAUUCCGGCAGCUCUUCUAAACCAAAGAAAGAUUCUAAUAAGGACAAAGACAAAAAAGAGGAAAGGGAGAAAGACAAAAAAUUGCCAGCGUCAUUUCCUCCACAGUCAAACACAACCGAUGCUGUGAGACUUAAAUGUAGGGAGCUCCUUACACAAGCCCUCAAAAUUGAUGGUGAAAACCCAAAUGCUUGCGCCACUCCAGAAGAACUGGCAGAGGAUUUGGAGGAAUGCAUUUAUGCAGAGUUUAAGAAUACAGAUAUGCGCUACAAGAACAGGGUCCGUUCAAGGGUAGCUAAUUUGAAAGAUCCAAAGAAUCCAACAUUAAGGACCAACUUCUUAAAUGGUGUAAUUAACGCUGCCCGCCUUGCCAAAAUGACACCAGAAGAAAUGGCAAGUGAUGAAAUGAAAAAGUUAAGAGAGAAAUUCAUCAAAGAAGCCAUUGACGAUGCACAACUGGCUACUGUACAAGGUACUAAAACAGAGAUGCUUAAGUGUGGAAAAUGCAAGAAGAAGAAUUGCACUUACAACCAGCUUCAAACAAGAAGUUCCGAUGAACCCAUGACUACAUUUGUACUCUGCAAUGAAUGUGGAAAUCGUUGGAAGUUCUGUUAAGACUGCUUUUAUUUAACUUAGAAAAUUAGUGUAUCUUUUAUGAUCUGAUACACAGGUGUAUCAAAUAAAAUAUACUUCACUUUUAAUAUGAAUUAUGUUUUCCUAUUUGAAUCCAUUGACCAUACUACUAUAUAUGACAAUGGAAUCGUGUCUAGUAGUUAAGGGAACCUUAGUUUUAACAAUAAUAAAUAAUCUGCUUAAGUCA